AUGUCAUCAAUAUUCAAACAGGAUAACCAUUGUUCAACUUAUUGUCGCUCUAAUCAAACUACCGCUAUUGUUGUUAUUGUUAUUGUUGUCGUUGUUGUUGUUGUUGUUGUUAUUGUUAUUGUUAUUGUUGUUGCUGCUAUUACUGGUACCAUUACUACUAAUG